AUGCAUCCAUUUGUUUCAGGUAACUCUGCCAACGACCGGCAUGAAGUUCAGGGGGCCCCAAGUGACUGCGUGAGUUCUGUUCGUUUUUCACCUCCUGGGUGCCCGCUUCUUCUUCUUGGCGUUACGUCAUGGGACAAGUCCUGUCGUGUGUGGCAGGUGAACAGUCGGGCGGAUGGGACAGAUAUACAGUCCCGACCAAUGACAUUCGCAGAAAACGAUGCACCAAUAUUGGAUAUGUCGUUUUCAGCUGAUGGUAGAGCUUUCUGGGGCGGAUGUAGUAAAACGGCGACAAUGUGGAAUUUGACAACAAACCAAAAGACUAUUGUUGCAUCUCAUGAUCUUCCUAUAAGUUGUGUAGCGUACGUUAGUCCCGGUAUAUGCUCGGAAAUGCUUAUUACCGGAAGUUGGGAUGGGAAAUUGCGCUUUUGGGAUCUUCGACAACAACGACCAGCAAAGGAAGAAAACUUUGGCGAGCCUGUGUUUGCGUUGGAUGCACAAAGAAGUCUUCCUAUGGCUGCUUGUGUGACUGGUCGAAAGGCUCACGUAUUUAACCUUCAAACCCUUGUAAAGACUAAUGAGGUUAGACCACCGGCGUUGGUAAAGUUUAACUUGAGGUGCGUUUCGUGCUCUCCACAAAAAGAUGGAGUGGCUGUGGGAAGUUCGGAAGGAAGGGUUUCGUUCAUUCCUUUGCGAUCUGACACAGGCUGCACCUUCAAGGCUCAUAUAGUGUUCGAUGAUGCUGCAAUGUUUAUGUAUCAAACAAACUUUUGUGUCAUGAGUCCUACAGCGCCUCAUAUCAUCACAGGUGGCAGCGAUGGCCGGAUUGCCUACUGGGACUACAAGAAACGAGUCAAUAUAGGCUUUUCUGAAGCAGCUCCAGCUAUGGAGGAUCGGAACAAGUCGAUUUCUGCUGGUGACAUUAGCUCCGACGGUAGAUUGCUUGCGUAUGCUCGUAGCUACGAUUGGUCGAUGGGUAAAUCUCAUUGCAUUGCCAACGAGCCCCACAACAUUUACAUACGCAAUGCGGCGGAUCCGAAAAUUCUGGGAUUAAAGUAG